UCGCCAUUGUUUGUAAAAGAUACCCCGUAGGUACACAGUUAUAAGUGUUGCUGCUUUCGUCAUACGGCAGGGGGGUGCAAUGUUGUGGUAUGUUCUUUAUCGCACACACACUGAUCAGAAAACUUCACUCCCUGCUUGCUCAGAGUACUCUACAAGUAUCACAAGCAGGAGUAAAAGUGGGCCAAUGAUACCACCGGUUCUGUAAUUACAAAAUUAUAAUUAAUACUUCACAUCGAAGUAUUAUUUACUCGGAUGCCGACGCCGAUCCAGAGAGCCCAGCCAUGCUGACCAGACUCCGGUUCCUGGCGCGGGUCCUCCUGCUGUUCCUGGUCCUGCUGACCGCCUUCGCCUGGUUACUGCACCCCGUCAGAGUUCUCCCGGAUCUGAAGAGCCGACAACAGAUUGGGAUGUCUCUAAUCAAAGGCGCGAGCCUCCCUGCUCCAAGUGAGGUCUACAGUGUCGUGCUGUGGACCAGUCACAGACGAGGCGAGGUCGGUGUGUUCCGGAUACCGGUCCUCACCUACACGCCCCGCGGGAACCUGGUCGCCAUGGUGGAGGGGAGAAAAAACUCAGAGAAGGACGACGUCCCUAAAGUGAUUGCUGUUAAGAGAUCAACUAAUGCCGGUGAAACGUGGUCCCCCUCACAGUGGAUAGUGGACGACGGAAACACGACUCGUCGGUACUGCUCAAACAUAGGAACAAUUUUUGUCGACAACGUAACAGAAACUAUAUUCCUGAUGUACAUGUACUGUGGCUUCUGCCCUGUGAGAUCACUGAUGUUGAUAAACAGUACGGAUGACGGCAUCACGUGGGGCCGGCCGAGAAAUAUCACCGAUCAAGUAGGAAAAAAUUAUGUUGCGCAUCCAAGUCCAGGGUAUGGCAUUCAGAAAAAGCAUAAUCCAGCCAAAGGAAGGCUGAUUGUGUGCGGACACGGCUUCCAUGACGGUCUAGGCUUGGUACUGCUGCUGAGUGAUGACCACGGCGUGACGUGGAGACGGGGAGCCUUCGUACCGAGUGUGCCGUUCCGCCGAUCCAGGAGGGGGGACUUCGAUCCAGACGAGUGCCAGCCCAUUGAACUGCCUGACGGAAGUCUCCGCAUCGUGGUGCGAAACGAACACGUCUACAAAUGCAACUGUAAGAUGAUCAUGAAGAGUUUUGACGGGGGAGAAACCCUGCCGAAGAAGCACAUGUUCCUGGACACACACCUCAUCGAGCCCAAAAUAACGUCAGGAGUGUGGUACAGCAACGGCGUUCUGUUCUACACAGGACCUAACAAUACAAAUAAUCGCACGGAUCUGCAGCUUCGAUGGAGCUACAACAACGGUCGUUCCUGGUCCAAAGUGAUGAGGAUUUGGGAACACAAGGCGAGCUACUCCACCCUGACAAUGCUUCCUAACGACGAGGAACAUCUCUACAUCAUGUACGAAAGGGGGUGGAUAGUUGACGAUGGAAAUGUUGCCCGUCAUAAUUGCUCCUACCUGGGAAGUAUUUUCGUAGACGACACAACUGCUACCAUCUUCCUGAUGUACGUGUUUUGUGAGUUCUGCCCUACGAGAUCACUGAUGUUGAUAAACAGUACGGAUGACGGCAUCACGUGGGGCCGACCGAGAAAUAUCACCGACCACGUAGGGAAAGACUACGCCACACAUCCAAGUCCUGGGUACGGUAUUCAGAAAAAGCACAACCCCUCAAAAGGACGGCUGAUAGUGUGCGGACACGGUUUCCACGAUGGUAAAGGCUUGGUGCUGCUGCUGAGUGAUGACCACGGCGUGACGUGGAGACGGGGAGCCUUCGUACCGAGUGUGCCGUUCCAAGACAACACAGACGGAAACUUCAAUCCGGACGAAUGCCAGCCGGUGGAGCUACCAGACGGAAGUCUGUACUUGGUUGUCCGGAAUCAGCACCAGUACAAGUGCCACUGUAAAAUCAUCAUGCGUAGCCUGGACGGCGGUGAGACGUUACCGCGGGAACACAUGUUCCUGGACCGGGCUCUGGUCGAACCCAGGAUAACGUCCGGAGUGUGGUAUCACCGCGGAGUUCUGUUCUACUCCGGACCAAACCGGCCGCUGGCACGAGAAGACCUAUACCUCCGUUGGAGCUACAACCAUGGACACACGUGGACGAAAGGCCUGCAGAUUUGGGGACAUCUAGCUGGAUAUUCAGUUCUAACGAUGGUCCCGGACGACGAGGAACACAUCUACAUGAUCUACGAAAGAGGAACAGUGAAAUACUUUGACGAAAUCGCUAUCGUUAAGUUGAGAUUAUCCAUGAUGACAAGAAAUGAUACCUCAUCACAGGGAGAUGUCAGCCCACAAAAACUGGUUUCACCAAGAACUUCAGAUCCGGGACGGAGUUAGACAUGAAAGUAGCU